AUGUCGGAAAUUGUCAAGCCAAAGGGGGUCGUCACGUCCCAAGACGUGAAUGAAAAGGCCCCCUCUGAUGAGUAUCGAAACAGCGACCUUGAGUCGCCGCUAGAUGUAGAAACGGAUCUCAAUGUCACUGGCGAUGAUUUAGCGGAGGCUAGAGAGCUGGCGAGCAGACUAACCCUCGCGGAAGUUCGACCGAUGAUGGAAAGGGUGCUUGUAAUCCAUGAGCACGAUCCGAACUUUCCCUUCAGCAUUAUACAACGAAUCAGCGCCUUUUUGGGCAAUGAGGAUAUUUUCGAACAUCCCGAGAAUCACACGGUCUUGAUCGAGGAGAUGAAGCUCGAGGCUGCUUUGAUUACCGUCAAUAGUCCUUACGCCGAGGUGCGUGCAGUGGUCGAUAACCAUGACGACGUCAACAUGCCAUGCGGUACCAUUCGUGCGUGGAUAAUCGGCCUCACUUUCUCGGUACUGCUUUCUUUUAUCAACCAGCUCUUCUCCAUUCGCCAGCCCGCCAUCUCGGUCUCGUCAAAUGUCGCCCAACUGUUAGCUUUCCCCCUAGGCAAGGCGUUUGAAAAGCUACUUCCGGAUGUUGGCUUUACUGUCUGGGGCACUCGGUAUAGCCUUAACCCAGGCCCCUUUUCGAGAAAGGAGCACAUGCUCAUUACCAUCAUGGCAAAUGUUUCGUCGAGCUCCCCGUACACCAACAGUGUGAUUUGGGUGCAAUACUUGCCCAACUACUUCAACCAGAAGUAUGCUGGCCAGUUUGCUUACCAGAUACUUCUUGCCCUCUCUACGAACUACAUUGGUUAUGGCAUGGCUGGCAUUGUCCGACGAUUCCUAGUCUAUCCAUCGUACUGCGUGUGGCCCGCGUCUUUAGUGACCAUUGCUCUUAACGCGGCCUUUCACAACGAUAAAAAUCCUUCGGUUCAGAGCCCAUUCGGCAAGGUUUUCACAGCCAGUCGUAUGAAGUUCUUCACCAUAACAUUUGCGGCCAUGUUCGUCUACUUCUGGUUUCCGAACUAUAUCUUCACUGCGCUCAGCGUGUUCAGCUGGAUAACCUGGAUAGCUCCCGACAAUUUGAACCUCAGCACUAUCACAGGCUUCAACAAUGGCUUAGGCAUAAACCCCUGGCCUACCUGGGAUUGGAACACCCUACUAUUUGACGGGACCGACCCUCUGAUGAUUCCCUUCUUCUCAACUUUCAAUAAGUUUAUCGGGGCUGCCCUCGGAGGUUUCGUCAUCGCUGCAAUGUGGUACACCAACGCGUAUAACACGGGCUACCUACCCAUCAACUCUAACCGGGUUUACGACAACACCGGCUCCCUUUACAACGUCUCCAAUGCCGUCAACGAGCACGGCCUCUUCGACGCUGAAAAGUAUGAAGCCUAUUCCUUCCCUUUCCUCGCGGCAGGAAACAUUACUGUAUAUCUAUUCUUUUUCGCCAUCUACUCGGCCACAAUCUCGUACGCCUUCCUCUAUCACCGACACGAGAUCGUGAUGGGAUUCAAGAAUUUAUUCAACAGCUUUCGCAAGGAUAAGGUGGGCAGUGACGAGGCGGAAGAUAUCCACAACCGGCUCAUGGCUAAAUAUGCCGAAGUGCCGGAGUGGUGGUACACGAUCGUAGUCGCUGUUGCCAUCGCGUUUGGUUGUGCUGGCAUCGCACACUGGGAGACGUAUACUAGCCCGGGUGUUGUCUUCUAUGGCCUUGCACUUUGCGCCCUUUUCGUCAUACCCAUUGGGAUUGUUAAGGCGAUAACUGGAAUUGAGGUAACCUUGAAUGUGCUUGCCGAGUUCAUUGGUGGUUCCUUUGUGGCAGGAAAUGCGUUGGCGAUGAACUUCUUCAAGUCGUUCGGUUACGUGACUUGUGCCCAUGCCUUGUUGUUCUCGCAAGAUCUCAAGCUCGCUCAUUACGUCAAAAUCCCACCUCGGCAGACAUUCGCGGCCCAGAUGCUGGGUACAUUUGUUUCUACCUUUGUCAGCGUGGGUGUGCUCAACUUCCAAAUAAAUCAGAUUCCGAAUGUCUGCACCAUUCAUGCUCCAAAUCGGUUUACCUGCCCUGGAGUCAAUACCUUCUUUACUGCUUCGGUGCUGUGGGGAACGGUAGGUCCCAUCAAAGUGUUCGGUCGGGACGGAAUGUACACCUGGCUUCUCGCCGGGUUUCCCAUCGGCUUCGUCGUGCCUGUUAUCAUCUACUACGUUAGCAAGAAGCUGCAGAAGCCCUGGCUGCGACAGAUCCAUCCGGUUGCCAUCUUCUAUGGCGCUCUUUCGUGGGCACCGUACAACCUCUCGUACAUCUGGCCCGCCGUCCCCAUCGCGUGGUACUCGUGGAUCUACCUCAAGAAGCGCUAUCUCGGGUUCUGGGCCAAGUACAACUUUGUGCUCUCGGCUUCUUGGAGCAGCGCCAUUGCCGUCGCCGGCAUCAUCAUCUUCUUUGCCCUCCAGUGGUCGGAGAUCGAGGUUGAUUGGUGGGGAAACUCCGUCACUAGCCAGGGGUGCGAAGAUACUGCUUGCAGGUUGUACGAGCUUCCCGACGGCGAAUACUUUGGCCCGCGUAUUGGCGAGUUUCAUUGA